CCUUCCGAGGCACAGAUACAGCGGCACGGCGCCGAGCGAGCCGAAUCAAAUCGAAACCCUCCUCCCGAUUCCGGCGGCAUCCCAUCCCUUCCCGGCGGCGAUCACCGGCGGCAUGAACAAGCGUCCCCGCGACGACCCCUCCUCCUCCUUCGCCUCCGCCCCCAAGCGCCAAUUCGGCGCAGGCGGCGGCGGCGGGGCAGGAGGGUAUGGCGGGCAGGGGUACUCGGAGGAGCGGAGCAGCGCGCGGCGGGUGGCGGACCACUACAGCGCGCGGUCGAACCAGACGCUCGAGGAGCGCGAGAACAGCCCCAUUAUCCACCUCAAGAAGCUCAAUAACUGGAUAAAGAGUGUUUUGAUCCAGCUGUACGCCCAUCCGGGGGACUGCGUUCUUGAUCUGGCUUGCGGGAAGGGAGGUGACUUGAUAAAGUGGGACAAAGCCAAGGUUGGAUAUUACGUAGGAGUUGAUAUCGCCGAAGGCUCGAUAAAAGACUGCAUGACUCGCUAUAAUGGUGACACGGAUCAACAGCGAAGGAAGAAGUUCAGUUUUCCUGCACGGCUUAUUUGUGCUGAUUGUUAUGAGGCUCGUUUGGAUGAGCAUUUAUGUGAGGAUGCUCCAUUUGACAUAUGUAGCUGCCAGUUUGCGUUACAUUACUCAUGGUCUACCGAGGCACGGGCAAGACAAGCCCUCGCUAAUGUAUCUGCUUUGCUUCGUCCUGGAGGCAUUUUCAUCGGGACAAUGCCUGAUGCUAAUGUCAUCAUCAAAAGGCUUCGAGAAACUGAUGGAAUGGAAUUUGGGAACAGUGUUUACUGGAUUAGUUUUGGUGAAGAGUAUGCCGAAAAGAAAUUUCCUGCAUCCAGACCUUUCGGUAUCAAGUACAAGUUUCACUUAGAGGAUGCUGUUGAUUGCCCAGAAUGGGUUGUUCCAUUCCAUCUCUUCAAACUACUGGCAGAGGAGUAUGACCUAGAGUUGGUUCUAAUGAAAAAUUUCCACGAAUUUGUACACGAGUACUUGCAAAAGCCAGAGUUUGCCGAACUCAUGCGGAGGCUAGGUGCUCUCGGUGAUGGAAGGCAGGACCAAAGUACACUGUCCCGGGAUGAAUGGGAGGUAGCCUAUCUCUACCUUGCAUUCGUUUUGCGCAAGCGGGGCCAACCGCCCACCCAGCGGAGGGCCAACAAUGCAAACAGAGGAAAGAUGUUCCUCACAGAGAGCGACAUCGAUGUCCUUGGGGUAUAAAAGCAGAACUGUUACUCUAGAGCUCACUAACAACUUAACGAUUCAGUGCUUCAUACAGCAUAAAAAAGAAGAAGAAAAGUUGUAUCUUUAGUAGCUCACCAGUUGUUCCUCCUCCAAGCUGCACUUGUUGUAUACUACAUGUAUAAACCUUACAAGGGACUUGACAUGCAAUUUUGCAGAAAUGAAUGAAUAAUAGGUACUCGUGAUAAUCCUU